AUGAAUAACUCAACUGACGGGGAAUACCCCUCCCUGAGGGCAACGGCAGAUAUCCUCGACAAAGCCUCGGUGUGUUUUUCCCUGAUCACCGGAAUUCCCGGAAAUCUGUUCAUCUUUCUGACCGUUUCGUCAUUUCCGGCCACUGUAGCUAGAUUCCACUUUCAGCUACUGGCAGCAAUGGACUCCAUUUCCUUGUGCCUCCUGGCUUCUAUCAGGAUCAUUGAUUGGUACGAACUGGUGGUGAUCAACAGCAGAUACGUCUCGGUGAUCUGGAAAGUCUACUUCAAUAUUGCUUACUUCACAAGCGUCUACGCCAACUGGGUUCUAGUCUACAUCGCUAUGGAGCGAUUGAUUGCUCUGCGAUAUCCUUCUCAAGUUUCCAUCUACCUGACCGUCCCCAGGGCGAAAGCUAAUGCCGUUGUCACAGCCCUGUUAAUGGCUUCCUUCUGCGGUAUUGUUACCGUAAAAAUGCACUAUUUUGGAAUCGCUUGGCUUGUGAUCUAUACAACUUUCUACACAGCAUUUCCCUUGUUGAUUGUGUUCAUCAUCAUAUGGUUACUGCUAGGAACAAUGGAGGAACAAAGGAGGGAUAGAAAGCUUCGGGAAAAAGAGCGGGAAAAACACAACCAUCAUCAUCAUCAUCAUCAUAAGGACGGGUAUAAAACGCCGUUAUCUGCAGUCACGCCUACAGGGGCUGCUCUUCAUUCGCCGAUAGGAGGACUGACUCCUACAGGUCACCACACACCAACCAUGACCAAGUCGAUCAGUGGACUGUCCAAGCACAGCGCCUAUGCUGUAGCCAUCAAACACGACAAACACGUUCCGGGGGUAACAACGUCUGUCAGUCGCCAAAGCAUGACGCUAACCUUCACCGGCAACCCGAGAAAAUCCAACGCGACGUCAGAACUACACCACGAACCCCCAGAGAUCCAAGCGAAAAGAGCCAAAGAGAAGAAGGAAAUUGAAAGCUGCUACACGUUCAUGAUGCUGGCCUUGUCGGUGACCUUCGUUCUGCUGACAAUUCCUUACACCGCAGUGGAAUAUAUCUACGUGACAUCCGAGAGGGUCAUCACAGACAUAUUUGACGAGAAGCAGGCUCAGAUGUACCUCAUCAUCGUCAUUGCUCUGACUUUUAUGUUUGUUGAGCACUCGUGCAACUUCUAUGUCUUCUUCCUCUGUUCCAGAAGAUUCCGGCAACAGUUUAUGCGCGUCGUCUUUAGAAGAUCGCCCGCUGAUGACGGUUCUAAGGAGCAUGAGCAAACCAAAUCUUUCGUGUAA